CGCAUCAAUCGUCAAAUGAAAGCAAAUACUGAGCAUCGUAGAAUUGCAAAUAAUCGAUCGAAGGGCUAUCAUCGUAGUCACGCAAAUAGGCCUUCAAUGCAGUUCUUCAUAGCGAUAGAAUUUGCUGUGAAGUCGUUUUCAAUCACAACCUAUGAAUAUUUGUAUUCAUCAUUAAGCUCUCAAAUUGUGACUUUAUAAUGACUGUGAUAUGAUUAUUUAAGUCGCAUAUUUAAAAACUAAGAAUCUUUGUAAUUGUGUGGAUAUAUAAUUAAUUGUGAAAAUGGAAAGCCCUAUUAGAAGAACUAAAGAGUCAAAGAAAAACAAAUUUGUUCCAGAUAUGAAUAACAUGGAACAUGUUAUUGCGCAAUUAAAAGGAAAGUUGAAAGUGUUAACUUCUGAGAUGAAAGAUGCUGUAGAAAGAAUGAAUUCUAUGACUGUGGAAAUGAAUACUAUUAAAAAUGAAAAUUUAAUAAACAAAGAUCGAUUGACUGAGCUUGAACAGGAAAAUGCUCUUCUUAUUUCUCAAAUAGAAGAAAUGGCUAAUGAACGAGCCGAAAGGGAUAUCAUAAUCGAGGAAUUCGGCUCAGCGGUUGAAGGCAGAUUAGUGGAAUGGAAGGAAAUUUUAGACGAAAAGGACUCAGUGAUUGCCAAACUCAAAGAAAAUCUGUUGUCCGCAACUACUGAUCGACUGAAUAAUGUCUCGACAGAUGAAAAGAGUCACGUGGAGAUCGAUCGAUUGAUUCAAGACAUCGACCGUCGUGACGAGAUAAUAGCCGAACUACAGGCUAAACUAGCAGAGGCAGUAAUCGAAAUCAAUGAGAGUAGCCAGCUUAUUGAGAAAUUUAAGUCUGAUGGCAAAACAAAAAAUACUUCGAAAAGAACUAGUAAAGAUCAACAAGAGUUGAACAAAAAAAUUCAAGAUGCCACUAAGCGAUUAAGUACUUUAGAAAGCCUAUUAGAACGUGCCGAAAAAGAUGCCAAAGUAAAAAGUCAGCAACUAUGUGAAACCUUAGCAAUAUUAAAUAAGUACGAAGAUGAAAAUACUAGUUUAUCAGAAGCAUUCGGCGAGAUCAAAGCGUUGAAAGAUCAGAUGCAUAAGAAAAAUAAGCACAUUGAGGAUCUAGUUGAUGUAGUAAAUAGACUUGAGAACGAAAAUUCUAGAUUUGAAGAAGCCAUAAUUGUUUUACGAGAGAAAUUAGGACUGACUGAGGAAGAUUCGUCUUGCAUAGACGAUUUAAUUCUCCAACGUCAACAAGCACAAGAAGAUAAAGUCACGGAAAUGCAGAGAAAUUACGAUCAACUGUCAAGCGAAAAUGUAGACUUGAAAUUUCAAAUAAGACAGCUAAAAACUGCCCUGAGAGAAUCGUUAAAGCACAAACUGAGUAAAACUAACGGCAUAUCAAGCGAUGGUGAACACAUUGAGGAACUGAGCCACAGAUCUGAAUCCAAGAAGGAACACGUGGAAUUACGUCGCAUUAAAGAAAAUGUCAAGUGGAUCAUCGAAGAAAAUGAAGCGCUGCGACAAGGAAUGCACGAAAUUCUGGAUUCUAUUCAUAAUCAAGAUGGAAGGAGUAUGAUUAGUAUUCAAUCGAAAACGUUAGAAAACUUACUCGAAGCUUUAGACGCAAGGCACGUGGCUGGUUGGUAUCAGCCGGCUAUGCGCUUACAAGGACGAGUGAACUAUUUGCAGGGAAGUAACGCGGAGUUGCGGGAACAAUUGCAGCAAAUAAGAAAAAAUCAGCUGCUAUUUCAAUCGGAAAUGCAGCAACGCGCCAGCAGCGUAGAGGAGGGCGAGUGUUCGCAGCCAAGACAUUCGCCAGGCAACAUCAGUCCGGACAUGAAAGUGUCACCGAGUUAUUCGCGAAAUUUGACGCCUAAAUCAAUCACAAGCGUACAUUCACAGACCGCCGACUCGGGACGAGCAUCAGGCAAACCCGCAGACAUGGACGAAAUUCAGCGCAUCGGCACGAUCGAGGACGAAGAUCGAUCUGAAUCUAUUGGCUCGUCGCCACUGGAAGACGAAGGAUUCGGCAAAAAAUCCGAGGAGCUUUAUGCGAUGGCCAAAGAGAUCGUUGCUCAGGAGAGCGACUACAAGAAAUUGCUGAACGAUGCUGAGAAACAAAGGGAACUAUUGGCGAACCAAGUGGUCGCGUUACGUAAGACAUUGGCCAGUUUCGUAUCAUCCCAAGUUUACAACGAGUUGAAAGGGAAAUAUUUGGAGACAAAUAUGCGGCUUCGAGCAGCUGUUGAAGACAAACUAACCGUGAUCGACAAUACCGACGAGGCCAAGGACAUCGAAGUCGUGAAAAGCAAGGCCAUGCAGGAUCUCCGAAACGAGCUGAUUUCUAUUCACAAACAACUCUCGGAAACAGCUAUCCGAUCCACUUUUAAUGAAAACCAAAUCGACUCGAAAGCAGCGAUCGAAUUAGAAACGAGUAUCGCUGAACUGAAAGCAGAGAACGAGCGUCUGAAGAAAGAAGCGGAAAUCGCGCACGAGGAAGCUCUCAUUCAUCGAGCCAUAGACUCCACUGUGCUUGCGGAGAUUAACGAGCUACGUCAACGAAUUCUCAAAUUUGAAAUGAACGAAGAUCAAGAAAUCAAGGAGGCGACGCGACUUUCGCUCGAACUGGCCAACUACAAGAUCAUUGAGACUGGACUGCGCGAGCAGAAGAAAGUACUGGAGCGCGAAGUAGCAAGGAUGCGAAAAGAACUUGACGACGUGCGAAUGAAUGACAAGGAGAUUGCCGGAAUAGCUUGUCAACAAGGAGAUUGCAGAAGGUAUAUCGAAAUUAUUGACUUUUUACAACAUCAAUACGCUGGUUCAACGUCCUUGAGCGCUUGGGAAAGAUAUGAGAUUAAGUUGAAUAAAUUAAAUAACGAUCGGAACGAAGUCAAAGAGUUGAUAUUGAAAAUAAACGAGCAGAAUGAGAAUGUAAAAAUACAGCACGAGACACUCACUAGUCGACUGCAAAUAGUGGAGGAACUUAAAAACAUGUUAGAACAACAAAUUGGUAGCGGUGAUGUUCAAGAUAUCAUGCAAAAGUUUUCGAGUGCAACUCGACAAACUCUUAUGGAAUCCAAGUGUCAUUUGCAAAUAAAUCAAUUAGAAGAAAAAGUUCAUCGAGCCAACAUUGAUAUAGCUGAUUACGAGACCAAAUUAAUGUCAAUGGAAAAGGAAAUGAGUAGGCUACAAAAAGCGUGGAAAGUUCAGAAGUUGUCUGGCACAAAACGACCUGCUUGUGUAGAUAAAGUGAUAGAAACAGAUAAGAUGAGUGAGGUGAAAACGUCGUCCCGACCAGCCGUUACAAAAUCAACGCAAACCGAAAUUAAGAUACGUUCGAUAGAGACGCAGUGCGUGAUUUGCUGUAAGCUAGUUGCAAAAAAUAAAGAUGAAGUAGAGCAGAUAGAUGAAGAAUGUGAAACUGACGUCGUAAUUCAAGAUGACGACGGAGAUUUGUCAAAAGCAUCAAACGUCGCACUGCUUCAGGAGCAGCUGGGCCAAGCCUUGAGCCUAGCAACCGAGCGCUCGGUGGCUUUGUCCAAGUGCGAGUCGCAAAUAGCGGAAUAUCGCGCCAAGAUCGCCGCGCUGACGAGACUGCUCGAGGAAAAAGCCAGCAACAGCUUGGCCGGGCAUCACUCCGACGAGGCGACGAAAGACGAGGAGAGCGGCACGAGGCAGGAGGCACUGCAGCUCACGAUCAAGAGCCUACAGAAGAUCAUCUCGCAACGGGACGAGACAAUAGCCAGAUAUCAGGCUCUGCUCAAGGAUGACCGCGAUAAGCACAGCGCGGCUGCUAGCCGUCUGCACGACGAGAUUAAGAGCCUCAGGAAUCAGAUCAUCGCCAAACGCCCCAUGGCUUUCACCACUGAUAACGCACUGUCUGCAAUCUCGGAACAGCCAGAAAGGGAUUUAUCCCUUGGAGAAGCCGUGAAAAGCGAGGAAAAGGUAGUAGAGGAGAUGUCAGUCCUGAGGGAGAAAAUUUGCAGGCUCGAGACCGAGCUAAGCAUAAGCCAUGAACUGGCUGAGAGGUGGCAUCGAUUGGCCGAGGAUAGACUCAGGCAUAUGGAUAGCACGAGGCAAAGAUUGGAGGAGCAGCACAAUGAAGAAAUUGACAGUUACCGCAAAGAGUUGAACAAAAGGCAGCGCGAAGUAGACGAACUGAGACGACUCUUGUCCGAAAAUCGUCGAGCUCCUUCGUCCGAAGUGAUGUCAAUUAUGAAAGCUCUCCAAAUCGAAGAUAAUCGCUUGGCAGACGAAAUCGAAAGUGAGCUGGAGGAACGCGCCGCUAUCACAUCUCAGCAAUUGUCCUCGACCUAUCGCGUCGAGGAAUCGAGAACCUACGAAUUGGAGCAAUUACAUUCUCAAGUGGACAAUUUGCGAAAGCAGCUGCACGGCGCAUCGGACAGAGAAAGAUCGUACAAGAGUGAAAUUGCUGGACUAAAGCAAGAAAUAAGUAAAAGGUAUAUGGCUGUGAAAGCGCAAGAGAAAAAGGCGUCUAGACGCGAAACGUAUCUCGAGAAAAAAGUGAAAGAACUCGAGGAAGAAUUGCACGAGACUAAGGAGCUGCUGGGUCGUCAUUACGUGGCGCAACAAGCGAAGAGAGCCAAGACUGCCGAAGAUCUAGGCUUGUGGGAAAAGUUGAAGAAGUGGCAGCAGACGGCCGAGAGAUUGAAAGAGAAAUUAAAAGAGAAAUCGGACGAGUGUCAGAGGUUACAGAACAAUUACGAGAAACUACGGAGUCUCAUAGUGUGCAUGGAGCGGGAAAAGUGGUAUCUGCGAGGAAAGUUCAGAAGCGAAAGUGUCCCGAUACCCGCGUGGACCCCGUCGACCGAAGCUACGCAAAAUAACGACGCCUUAGUGGAAGAACUGCAACGGGAAUGCCAGGAGCUGCGAGAUCGCGUGAGAGAGCUCGUCGCUCGCUUGAACAGUCAAGAUAAUGCCAAGAACGAGGAGAAAAAGAGACCUGCAUCUGUCGCUUUCGAGGAGGAUGAUUAUAUCAAGGAUGAUAUUAGACGAUUGAAAGGCCUUAUAGAGUUGCUAGAAAAAGAAAAUCUAAGAUUAGAAACUGAAAAUUUUGAACUUCGUUUGGAACUUGAAAGGGCUAAUGUCAAUACGCCUCGGUAUCAAGACAAAAUUCAGCAUUUAGAAAGAUACAUAGAACUUUUAAAAUCUGAAAAAUCAAUGGAGAUAAAUUAUUCAUCUUCAAUGUCCAAGCGAGAUAGCACUCAAAGAACAAAGGCUGAGCUUGAAAGAACGGUAGUCACAUUGAAAAACUUAGUCGAGAAAUUGCAGCUUGAAAAUAGAAAAUUGCGAGUUUCGUCUGUCCCAACUGUUCAUGAUUUAGAUGUGCAGUGCAAUUGUAUAUGUUUGAGAGAGGAGCACGAAGAAGCUUUAAAGAGAAUAAUAUCUUUGGAAACCGAAUUAAAAUUAGCGGAAAAGAAAAUUGCGUUGAUGGAGGAAAAAUUAAACGAAAUAGAUGUUUUAAGGCAACAACUCAGCCGAAAAUCAGAGCUUUUAUCAAAAGUAAAAGAUUUACUUGCGAAGGCCGCUGUUAAUGAGAAAGCGUUACGACAAAAAAUACAGCAGCUUGAAUUCAAUCAAACGCUUUCUAUAAUAUCGGAAUGCGGUUCACCAUUAGCUAUAACGUAAAUUUAACAUAUAUGAAACCAAUGCACAGUAUUUUGAUACAGAUAUUAUAGUGACUUGUAUUUUGUAUAAAUUAACUACUAAAUAAUAAUUAAGCUUUAAGAUGUGUGCUGCCGAUUUUGAUAACGUGGAAGUAAAUAUAGAAUUAAAGUGCGAUUACAUUUGUGGUUUUAUUAU